UAAUCCCCUCCGUAAUAGCACAGAGGGAGAGAGAGAGAGCGGACUGAUCUCGGUCAUGGAGACCAAGCUCGCACCAGCAGCAGAAGAAGCUGGGGAGUGCUUUCCUGUCCGUAGGUUACAGAUCACAGACAAAAGCAAGGGCUUCAUCGAUCUUCUAGGGCAACUGACCGUCUGCGAUCCCAUCUCCGACGAGCAGUUCCUCGCCAGGUUUCAAGAUCUCAAAUCCAACGGCGACGAUCACGUGAUCUGUGUCAUCGAGGAUGACCAUUCUGGAAGAAUCAUCGCUACCGGAAGCGUUUUCGUGGAGAAGAAAUUCAUAAGGAAUUGUGGCAAGGUGGGCCACAUCGAAGACGUCGUUGUCGAUUCCGGGGCCCGGGGGAAGCAUCUAGGGCAGAAGAUCGUGCGGUUCCUGUUGGACCAUGCCCGGUCGAUGGGAUGCUAUAAGGUGAUUCUGGAUUGCGACGUCGAGAACAAGGGAUUCUACGAGAAGUGCGGAUUCAAGGAAAAGAGCGUCCAGAUGGCAAUGUAUUUGGAUUGACAGAAUCAGCUAGGGUUUCUGUUUUCCCUCUUGGGAUUCUUGCAUUCAUCGGUCACAGAGACAUGGAUAAAGGGAAAACACAAAUAUCAGCUUGAUCCAAAGUUUCUAGGGCCCCCAAGAAGUUUCAAUGGUAGGCGUUCAAAUCCCACUGUUUCCACUGGUGUGGUUCACUUGAGCUUUGGAUCUGUCUCAUUUUUCGGCUCAUGCCCAAAAAUGAGCUUGCGGAAGGGUGGACGGUGUGGAUAAGUCACAUACAUCAUGGUGGCCCCCACAGUUUUUUCGUUUUCCGCCUCAGGUUUAGAGACAAAAUACAUGCCUGUCAAUGUCACGUUGGGAAUGCUGCCUCUAAUUACAAAGAUGGGGUGGGAACUAUGGCAUUGGUAAAGCAUGGGUGCUUGAGAUUAUUUGGCAAUGGUGGUUGAUUUGCCAAAGAGGCUUUACUUGUUUUGGUGGUAUGUGUAAUCUGGGCUUCCAUUUGACAUCGCAAAAGCAAGAUACCUUCAAUCUGGUUCACUUACUCAAGUGGUCUCAUGCUCUCCAAAACAGUGGUUGAGAUUUAGUUAUUCUUCAGGAUUUUUGUUCUUCAUGGAGAAGCCGAUGUUGACAUUGUUUAUUUUAGUUAGCACAGGCCGACUAUUGCAGACUAGGGUCCAGCCACCCUGUCCCUAAUGGUUUGUUUGAACUUUGAGCAUUUACAGCUCCAUUUCCUUGUCUUUGUUUGGGAAGUUUCUUUUUUACAGUUAAAUGGAAAUCCCCUUCAAGGACUUCAAGAAGGUAUAUCCAGAGCUAUGUCUCACACGUUUGGGAGUUCCAUUUCUGAUUGUUCUAUGUUUCAGGAGGUAGUUCAGAGCAGGUGCCUUAUGUUUCUCGGCUUAAUUUGUGUUUGAAGUCUUCCGUCUGUUGUUAUUUAGAUGUGGAUGUCAUUAUGCCAUCAGUGUUCUCUCCAUGCAUUGCCAUGAGGUUGAUAGUCGGAAGGUGAUGCAAGGAGCAAAGGAUCUCUCAUCCCAAGGCACCAAGGCAUGAUUCGAUCUUGGUGUGAGCAUUCACCCCUUCAUUCAUACUAUUGAUGCCUCCCUACCCCUCAACCAAUGUUUGUUGAAGAUUUGUUAAAAUCCAAUAUACGUUGUUCAUUCUCUUUUCUACUAUUGCCUUUUCCCAUCCACAAAUACUUGUGCAUUGAGUGUUUUUCUUGAAACGAUUAGAAUUCCUUUCAAUGUGUAUAGCUGCAACCUGGGGUGUUUAUUACAACUGUUUAUUGUUUGAUAAGAUUUUAUAUUAUUUUGAGUAUUAA